AUGGAGGAGCUGGACGAGCGGACGCGACGCCUCAUGAAGACCAAUAGGAGGAUGAAGGACCUGCCAAUGGUCUCCGCCAUCGGGUUCACGGGUAAAAUAAAAGGUGGGCUGCAGCUGCAAGAAGACCGUGGCCUCGUGUAUCCCCUGGGCGUGGGUGUGGGCGUGUGGGACAGGGCAGGUGGCCGCCACGCUAUCCUACAUGGCCACACCCGCCCCGUCGUGGCCCUCGCCGCCUCACGCUCCGGCAAACUGAUUGUCUCCGCCCAGGACAGUGACCCUGGAUGCCAGGCGCGCGUGGUGGUGUGGCGCUACGAGGAGCGGCAGGAGUAUGGCAGCCACUACGUUCAUAGGGAGGAGGUGGCCGCCGUCGGAGUGUCAGCGGGCCAGGAGGAGUACGUGGCCAGCCUUGGGGGACUCUCCGAUGGGUACUUAGUCCUGUGGCACAUCGCCACCAAGAAGCCGAUCUGCAGUGUUCAGGCUGGCGAGCCGGGGCUGGGCGUCGCCUCCCUUCUCUGCAUGGCACCCCACACGCCCACACUGAUGUUGAUGGACGAGGCGGAGGAGUUUCUCUUCGCUGCGACAACCACGGGGGACGUGGUGAAGGUGCGUCUCAACAAGGCCUCAGCACUAGGCCUGCAGGCAAUGCUGGUGCUGCCCGGGGGUGACUUACUAGUGGGCGACGCGGGCGGAUCCGUGCGGGCGUACCGGCAGCUGCAGGAUGUGACGAAGGAUGGGCGUCCUGCAUGCCCCCCCCCGCCCCGCGCCCACGGCACCGUGAAAUACACGCACCCGAAGGACCCCACACGACCACUCCUAGUGCAGCUGGAUUCCGAGACGCCUGAGCUGGAGCUACUUGCAACAUGUCACUCAGAACCGAUCUGUGACGUCACGUUUCCAAGGUGA